AUGGCGAGCAAGAAAAAGGCCGACGAGGAAAAGCUACGAAGACGGCGGUUGGCACGGUUUCGUUUCAAGGCACUUGUUCGGUUGGUGAUCUGCAACAACUACUGGCUGUCCGAAAUUGAUGAGCAGGAAAUUGGGGAAAAUGCCCGCCGGAACAUUGCGAUCAUCGUUCGGCGCAAGGGAAGGAAGGGUUUGCUGACGCUUUUUGAAAAAGCAAUUCUCAACCAACCGGCGAAGGAUCGCACCGCGGAGCAACGUGCGAAACUGGUCGAACUGUUUCGUCGUUUGGAGUGUCUGUCCCGUUUUCCGUUGGAGGUACGAGAGCAGCUGGCCACGUGCGCCAGCUACCGUUACUACAAUGCCGGUCGAACCGUUCUGCGCGAAGGUCACGAAGCUCAGGCAAUGUAUUUCGUUUUGGAUGGCGAAAUUACCGUCAGCCGAUCGACAUGGGACCCGGUUUACAAGCAAUAUAAUGACAUUGCCUACGGCGUUCGAGUGCCGGGGGAAAUGUUUGGGGAAAUAGCGUUCCUGUACGGGCGCCCCCGUACCAUGACCUGUGCAACGGCGACUGACUGCGAGCUGCUGUGUGUAUCGCGGGACGAUUUCGUGCGUUUGUUGGAACCAACCCUGCGGCUGCAAUGGUCCCAGAUGCAGGAAGCGAUCCAGCGCUUCCAGUACUUUGACCACUGGAACGAAGAUCAGAUUCGCGAGUGCUGCAUCCUGGCCAAGGUGAGCCACUUCAAGCCGCAGCAGCAAAUUGCCGUUGCCGAAACGGGCGGCCAGUUCGAGUACGCCUACUUCGUGCUUAGCGGUCAGUGCAUGAUUUUGCAGUGCCUUAAGGUCAAGAAGAAGAUGCGUGGCCAGCGUGAGUGCUAUCGGCUGCAGCCGGCGGAGUCGGAAGAAAUGCAGCUGCGAAUUGCCGAACGGUUGAUGAAACGCAAGGAUUCGGAUGUAAUACUUUCGGUACUGUCCCCGAGACUGCGUGCUUCGCUGGAGUUGACGGCAGCAGAUGGUGGCGGGGAAUCGCCACCACUUCCCGAACAGCAACCUGCAGUGUCACAGCAGGAAAUGCUGGAACAUCACUUUCUAGACGUUGGCACCUACAGCUGCGGAUCGGUUUUCGGACUGGGAGAACGAAUGGCGGAUCGCUCGAUCGUUGCUCGGAACCACGUGCAGUGCAUGAUGAUCCCACGCUAUUGGUUGUUCAUGAAGCACCAAAAUACCGGCAACGUUUGGCAGCGCAUCAAAAUGUAUCUGGACAUGGCGAUUCCCAGCCGGGAGCAGUUGUUUCAGCAGUUUUUGGAUGACCUAAAUUGGUUGGUCUACCGAAAGAAGGUUGUCAGCGAAGUGAUUCGGCUGCGCGGCCGCCAGAACCAUACCCGGCUGGCCGACGUUCCCAUGGUGUGCCGAGUGGAGCAAGGCAGAGGAUCCAAUUGA